AUGCAGCUUUACCUUUUCAACUUCGGCUCGGGGCCUUUGCAGAUUCCUGAAACCUGGAAAAGAAUAAUGUUUGAUUAUACCAGCAUGACCGAAGAAGAAAUGUCUAAUGCGGAUUCUUUAAUGUAUGAAAUGAACAUUCCUAUCGAUUUUCGUAGGUUAUGGGAUAUGAGAGGCCUUGUGCUUGCCACUGAUGUUGUCAAGAGGUACUUAAGGUCAUGCCCAAAAGUAAUGCUUUCUGCUGAAGUUAAAGAGUUGACGAAGAGGCCUCAAAGUGUCGACCUCGUCAUAGUUGAUCACUUUCUUCAGGAGUGUUUAGUAUUAUUAGCCACAAAUUUGCACACUUCUAUGGUAAUGUACUCAAACUGGCCUAUAGCAGAUGGGUACAUCUCAAGUUUCAACGUUCCAGCAAAUCCCUCAUCAGUACCUAAAACUGGAACAACUCACUCAGGAAUCUAUAUGACGUUUCGUGAACGAACUCUUAAUACUCUCUUCCACUUGACCAUUAUCAUUGCUCGCAUACUUGGAUCCGUAGCAUACAUCUACAUGUCCAAGAAUUACAAUUUAACAGAGAUUAAUUUUCUUGUUGCUGAAGCAGAUAUAAUUUUUUAUGGCGGAAGAUCCGAACUGAUUUUCGACACCGUAAGGCCAAUCAACAGUCGUGUUAAAUAUUUCGGUUGUCCACAGUGCAAGUCAAAAGAUAAGUUCAAAAUUAAAAUGCCAAAGAGUGUCGUGGAUUUUUCACCGAAUUGGAACUGUACACACUCUAACACUUCUUACUCAGUCCCACAAUGCACCGAUCUGCGACAAAAAAAAAGGACAAAUAGGGUUUCGGAAGUUGCGUACUCUGCACUGUCUGUUUACGAGAAGCGCUAUAUUGAGACCCAAAAGGAAUUUCCGAAACUUGACUUUGGUUAUCUUCACCACAACAAAUUUGCCCUAUUGAGCUUCGGCAGUGUCACUAAAUUGGAAAAUAUGCCAAAAGCGUUGGUUAAAAUAUUUUUGCAAACUUUUGCAAACCUUAAUUACACCGUCAUAUGGCAGACUAAUAGCAAACCGGAAAAGCUUGACAUUGGGCCUUUGCCGAGCAAUGUUAUCCUUAUCAAAUGGGUGCCGUUAAAAGUUCUUUUAGGACACCCCAAUCUUCUGUACUUUAUAACUCAUGGAGGCAUUAAUACUGUCAACGAAAUUAUUUGGUUUGGAGUUCCGAUAAUUGCUAUACCUUUACAGGGAGAUCAACCAUCGAACACGCAACGUCUUAUUGAACUUAAAAUCGGCUUAUUGUUGCAAGUGGACGAUAUUUGGCGAGGACAACUGGCGAACGUGAUCAAGGAUAUGGAAGAUCAUUACACCUGUUUUAAAAAUCGGGCAAAAAAAAUUUCUGAAAUGGCAGCACAUUAUCGUGGCUUCGUUUUCCAUUCUCAGAAGUUUUGGCUUACGUGGGCAUCACGGUACGGACGAAUACUGAAGGCUUCAAACAGAAAAUAUUUUGACUUCAAAUACUGGACGUUGUUCGAAUAUUUUGAUGUACCACAGUAUUUGAUUUAUGGGCCAUUGUUAAUACUGUUGCUAACCAUUCUGUCUGUUCAUAGCGGUUGACG